AUGAAGGACGAAAAGCCAAAGAAGAAGGUGUUGUUUAAGUCAGGACCUAAUGGGCCAGUGUACAGGAUUCCCUCACUCCUCUACAUAGAACAGGAGAAGAAGAAGACGUUCCUGGCCUUCGCAGAGAGACGCAAGAAUGCAGAUGAUGCCAGCGCUGAAUACCUGGUCAUGAGGAAAGGGGUCUGGGAAAAUGGAUCAGUCAAGUGGGGAAAAGUGGAAGAGUUAAAAGGAAUUGGAAUGAAGAACAAUCGCACCAUGAACCCCUGUCCUGUUUAUGAUAAGGAAACCAAAGAGCUGUUUUUGUUCUUUAACUGCAUCCCAGAGGGGGUGUCGGAGAGUGAUAUGAAAACGUGGGGGAAUCAGUCGAAGAUGUGUUAUGUCACAAGCAGGGAUUAUGGGAAAACCUGGAGCCGUGUGAAAAAUAUCACUGGUGCCACCAUCGACAUCAACAAACUGGCGACUGUUUUUGUGGCACCGGGACACGGCAUUCAGACACGGCAUUUAGAGUGCUGGGAUCUCAUUAUUCCUGCCUAUGUCUAUGUUGCAGGCAGCUGGGAUACACAGUUGAAGGGUGUAAAAGCGCAUUCAUUUUACCUUUACAGCAAAGACCAUGGCAACAGCUGGCGGGUAUCCGAGCGUAUUAUUUGCUAUGAGACUGGCGAAUGUGAGCUGGCGGAAAUAACUGGUAACCAUGGCGAACUGAUGCUUUAUUGUAACGCUCGAUCCACAUGCGGCAAAAGGAUAGAAGCGCAAGCGGAGAUAGGGGGGACAUUUGCCAGCGCUAAUGAAAGCACCACGCUCCCUGAGUAUGGAGGGGGGUGUAUGGGAAGUGUUGUGAGUUUCCCUGGGAAAGGGCAGGAGGGAACCCACCGGCUUCUCUACUCACAUCCGACCAAGGAAGAACGAAAUGACCUGGGAAUAUACCUCAACAGAAUGGAUAGUAAGCCAUGGUCUGACCCAAAGAUCAUUUACGAAGGCCCAAGCGCCUACUCUGAUCUCGCCUACUGCCAGGGUACCGAUACCGUCGCCAUCUUGUUUGAGUGCGGGAAGAAAACUCCGUAUGAGGAAAUCGGUUUCUGCUCGUUACCACUUAACGAUGUCCUGUCUGCCUGUAGCACCACCGCGGUGUAGAAUUUCCUCUUCCUGCUCAUUGACUUUUCCAAAAUUCCCCUCCAUAUUAUCCGUCACAAACAUGGACAGGUUUCAAAAUGCCAUCUGCUGAUGCCCGGUGUUCCCCAGGGCACGGGGUAUGGGCAAGUGAAGCCGCAGCUCCUCUCUAUUUUCUGCUGUUCGGAUGAUUCGGACUGCUGACCUGAAUGAUUGGGAACAAUAGAAAGGCGGCCAUUUUGCUUAUGGAGGGUGCGGCUUCCUUUAAAGGGGCUGUCCUGAGAUUAUUCUGAGAUCAUUUGAAACUGGUCUUCGUUUUUUAUUAUUUCUGCUAUUAUUUUUUUCACUGUUAUUUCUGCAACUCUGCAGUUUGGCGUUUCGGCAACUAUCUGGUUGCUAGGGCUCAAAUGACCUUAGUAACCAGGGAAUGGUUUGAAUGAGAGGCUGAUAUAUUUAUAGGAGAGGGCCUAAAUAGAAAAAUCAGUAAUAAAAAGUAAGAAUACCAAUAAAAUCAUA